AUGGAUGCAAGAUGGGAAAGUGUCUUGUGCCCGAAAAACAUCAAGAAAAUUCCAAGUAUACCAAGUGCCUUCAAUGUAAUGAACAGAUCCAACUGCAGAGUAGAAAGUACGUACUUCGAUAAGUACUUUUAUGUCGAACAAUUUACACAUAACGAGAACAUUGGUUACCCCAGCCAAGAAACCAAAAAAUGGCAAGAGAACGAAGCCCAAGAAAGCAAGAGAAAGCUCUGUAGGGGGUCGUUUUUCUGGAGCUCUGAAAAUGUGAGCUAUCUCUGCCUUUGGUCCAUAUCUGGAGUAUGGGUCGACCCGUUUUGCGGGCGGUUUGGGGGCUUUUUCGGGUGCCUCUGGAAGAUCCAAUUGAACGUGACCCAGAGCUUGCAAGAAAGAGUUUUCCUGAAUGUACACAAGAAUAGAACUCAAGUUAAAACAUGUGAUAUGUGCGAACAAGAAAGAAGUUCAGUAAAGGUGGUACUCUCAAACCAAAGCAUUAUUUACCAUGACUGA